GUUCAGUCCAUUUGCUGCAACUCUUAUUUCUUCUUCUUCCCCAGAUAACAUAAUCACGCUUUUGACGAGCCGAGCAUGAAGAAGAAGAAGAAGAGAGGAUGAAGAAACAGUGGAUGAUUAGGGCUUUAUCUAAGGCCCUAAUCUCAGCUCCUCACGCGGGGCUCACCUCCUUCUCCCGCGCUCUUUGCUCUUCGGCCUUCUCUCUCAAGAAUGUUACAAGCUCCAACUUCGAAUCGGCGCUCGAAGAUUUGCGUGGCCUCAUCAAGGCCGCCGACUUCGUCGCCAUCGACUUGGAAAUGACCGGAGUUACCAGCGCCCCCUGGAGAGAGUCAUUCGACCUUGACCGCUACGACAUUCGCUACCUCAAAGUCAAGGACUCCGCCGAGAAGUUCGCCGUCGUUCAGUUCGGCGUUUGCCCCUUCCGAUGGGACUCUGUCCAACACUUCUUCAUUGCUCAUCCACACAACUUUUACAUAUUUCCUCGGCAAGAAAUUCCAGGAAAUGACCAAUCUUAUGAGUUCUUAUGCCAGACAACGUCACUCGAUUUCUUGGCCAAGUACCAGUUUGAUUUUAAUACAUGCAUAAGUGAAGGGAUCUCGUAUUUAUCCAGAAACCAAGAAACAAUAGCAUUGGAACGCUUAAAUUCUAUCUACACGGAUGAAUCUUCUGAUUCGUUGUCCAGCUUAAAGGAAGUUGGAGACUUGCAAUAUGCUAGGAUGGCAGAUGUUCUAUUUGCUGAGCGAAUGAAAAUCAAGAUCCGUGAUUGGCGUGAUGGGCUGUUACAGGAUAGGAAUAGUAGUUCCGAAUUCCAACAGACUCCAAAUAAUUCAGACCAGAGAUUUCAGACAAUUUUCUUCAAAAUGCGCCCAGCCGUUGUGCUUAGUGGAUUUACUUCUCACCAGAAAAAGUUGAUCCAAUUGGUCACAGAAAAGCAUUUCAAAGAUCUUGCAUUUGUUCGUGUCACUGAUGAUGAAACUCUGUGUCCACAGCAAUUGGUUGUUUAUAUAGAUUCCGAAGAUGACAGGGAUUUGCUUAUGAAGGAAGUAAAGGACUGCAUUCUUAAAGAAGGACAAAGGAAAGUAAAAGCUGCUGUGGGGUUUCGAAAUGUUAUUGAUCUCCUUUCCUCUGAGAAGAAACUGGUUGUUGGUCACAACUGCUUUCUUGACUUUGCUCAUAUACAUAACAAAUUCAUUGGCCCACUCCCUUGGACUGCUGAAGAAUAUGCCACGUCUCUCCAAAACUACUUUCCACACAUAAUUGACACAAAAGUACUCUUGAACGCAAAUGAUUCUUUUCAGUCUCCGAUGAAGAAAAGCAGCACUUCAUUAUCUAAAGCAUUUGCUUCUCUUUGUCCUGGAAUUGCAUCGGGUGUUAAAGGCUAUAGUUUGGCUGAUAAAUUUCACGUUAAGGUGGAGGUUCAAGUGGAUGAGAAGAGGUCCUUGAACUGGAACUCUGGGGCAAAACAUGAGGCCGGCUAUGAUGCAUUUAUGACAGGAUGCGUAUUUGCUCAAGCAUGCAGUCAUCUGGGAGUUGAUUUCAAGACGAAUUCACCCCCACUUGGCCUAGCUGACGAAAAGAAACUUCAAAAUUACAUGAAUCUUCUCUAUCUUAGUUGGGUUAGCGGAGACAUCAUUGAUCUGAGAACUGGAAAGCGGAAUACAGACAGUUCGGCCUCUAGCAAUCUCAAAAGUCAGUCCGGGGAAAUUCUGUUUAAAAACAUUGUUCUGUUGUGGGGCUUACCAUCUAAUCUAAAACCAUCUGACAUUAGAGAUUGCAUAUCAAGAGUUUUUGGUCACAAUUCAGCUCCUUCCAUCUACUUCAUAGAUAAAACUUCUGCCUUUGUUCAGUUCAGCAAAACAGAAAUGGCUACCGCAUUCCUUGACACGAUCGAAACUUUAGGGAGGAGCAAUGAUCCAAUAUCAGUUUUGCAUCCUCUCUCGAGACUUCUCGAGGGUGGUUGCACACAUGCUGCAAACUAUGAAGUAUACAGACAAAUUUGCAGUUCAUCCCUUUCGAAAGUCUUAUUUGCAGAUCAGGCCGAAGCCAUACGAACCAAAGGAGUAUGUGAAGUUUCAAAGGCUAAUAGAGAAGAGGAAAUGAUAGAAGAUGAAAAACACACAACUUUUGCCCAGAGCUGUAUAUAAUCCCUAAUCCCUCCUUUGUUUUUUAAUAGAAUUUUUUGUUUUCAUUCUAAGAUAUGUUAUACUUGAUUUGAAACUCUGUACAAUGUAAAAGGUUGGAGAACAACAAGAUUUGGUACCUAAAUCAUGUUCUUUGUUCUGUCA